UUACUAUUAGCGAUGUGUGUAUUGUAGUAACUUUAGUUGAUUAACUUAAUUUUGUUUCGUGGUAUUUAUUACAAUAAAAGAUGAUUUCGAAAGUAAAUUUUCGUCAGCAGCCUUGUGCAUUUAUUCGUAUGGUAAUUCAUGGAUUGCUUACUUUUUUAUAUUUUUAUACAAUUAACGAAGCUAUGAAAUUAGAUUUAUCUGUAAUUAAUUUACCUACAAUUAAAGAUCUUGACAAGUAUAUUAAAUUUUCAGUAACAUAUUUAACAUUGUGCUUAUUACUUGGUUUUUUUUCCUUAUCUACUGCAUUGGAUAUUGCCGAAAUGAUUCCACAACCAGCUGCAAUAAAUAAAGUACACAGCAUCAUUAGAAAACUGAAUGAUUUAUUUUUUAUAUCUACUUCAAUACCAAUAGCGAUGUGCGUAUCUAUUGUAUUUUGGACUGGUUGGAUAUUAAAUAGUGAAGAUGUUUACCCUGAAGUAAUGAAUAAUUACAUACCAAAAUGGAUUAACCACAUGGCACACACUGCACCAAUAUUUAUUUCUUUUUUUGAAUUAUUAUUUGUGUAUCAUAAAACACUAACUUUAAAGGUUUCUCUAACGUGCCUUAUUACAACGACAACAUUGUAUAUGUUAACAUUAAUUACACUACGAGUUAAAAAUGGAACAUGGGCCUAUUAUAUAAUUGAUGUAUACGUCAACACAAUAUUAAAAAUUAUUAUAAUGUUUUCAUUUUUCUGUUACAUUAUGCCGAUAAUUUGUUCAAUUUUUUGUCGCAUAUUAAACGAUUAUUAUUGGGGGACAAAAUAUAUUAAAAAUGCAAACAUUUUGUCUUCAAAUAAGAAAAUCGAAUAAAAUAAUAUUAACAUGAUUUUUAUCACUAGUGUUUCUGAUUAAUAAUAAACAAGAACUAUAUGAUUUCAUUUUUCUCGAUAAAAUCAAACAACCUUAUACUAUUUUAAAUCUAUAAAA